AUGAAAGACCCAAACAAACUAAAAACGGAAGCUAAUGAGCUUUUUAAAAAAGGGCUAUAUCAAGAAGCUAUUAUUUUAUAUGACGAAUGCCUUGGUUUAUGUGGAUCUGACAGCAGUAUGAAAUUGGUUUUACAACGCAAUAAGGCACAAUGCUUAUUGAACCUGGGGAAUUUCAGUGAUGCUCUGACGGCUUCCCUAGAAGCUCUUACUAUCUCUCCUGGUGAUCCAAAGGCUCUCUAUCGUUGUACACAAGCUUAUGAAGGUAAAGGAAUGUUAAAAGAAGCUCUAGAAACUGCAAGAAGGCUUAUUCUUGUUGACCCUAAGAAUAAACAAGUUCAAAAUCUAGCUCAUAAACUGGAAACUGCAGUUGCUUCGUAUGUCGCGGAAUCUGACAGCCUUACAGGAAAGUUAAACAAGAUGUUUGACAUCGUAAAUAACAGCUGCAGCUCUGCUGAACAAUUAGAACAGGCCAUAGUUAAUUUAUCAGCUCUAAUAAAAGAAAACCAGAAAAUUGCGUGUUCAUUAGUUUGGACGAAUCCCAGUUUUCCGAAGAUUUAUUCGAUUUGCCAGCAUCCUAACCACAGAUUGGUUAUUGCUUGUCAUCGUUUGCUAGCUCAGCUGAUAGAAGAUAAUCAGGAUUGGGGUCUUACUGUUUUACAUGAACUCACACCACAAUAUUUUGUGAAUGGAAUAUUUUCACGUAAUCCUGAACAUUCUCUAGAACGAUGCCGAUUUCUAAAUGCCAUAUUAGAAUCACUUACACAAUUGAGAGCUUAUCAUAAAGCUAAAGAAGCUGCAAGUACUCAUAAAGAGGUAGAAAUUAAAAAAGUUGCACCUAAUUCUUAUCGUAAAUACAAAAUUGAUUCUACAGUUGAAAAACCAGUAGAAGAGAUUUUAUUGCAUCUUCUUCGAUCUGUAAAUAGUUAUCGGUUAUGCGCAAAAACUCGAGACCAUAUUUUGGAAAUAUUGGUUAGAUAUGUACCCUCUGAUAAAGGUAUUGGAUGGUCACAAAAAUUUUUAAAAGUAGAAGGCAUUAUCGAUUGUUUGUUAGAGGUAGCUUGUGUCAGUGGAAUAACUUCAUUAAAAAAUUGGCGUUCAUCUCGUAUUCAUAAACAUGUCAAUAAUGGAUCAACUAGUACUAAUGAACAUGAAACAUCAUGUCAAAAGCUACCAGAUGGUGUUCGUUUAGCUACUACAAGUGAUACACGUAUGGCUGUAGCUUGUUUAUUAGCUAAAAUAUGGGAUGAUUUAACUUCAGACAAGAGUCGAGAUGAAUAUACAAGAAUAUGCAAAGAUUUCAUUAUGGAAUUAUUCUCUGAUCAUUAUAUAGAGAGUAAAGUUGAAGCUGCCUCAGUUAUUGGCACAUUAUUCCUUGGACCGUAUGAAGUUGGAUCAGGAAUAAUUUCUCAAGAAGGAGUUUUCGAUGGUCUAUUAUUGCUUACACAAACUGAAAAUAAACUUUAUCAGACAGUCGCAUUAGAUACAAUUGUAAUUGCUACGCAUAAAAAACAACAAUGUUUAAAUAUUAUUUCAAAAGCUGUUCCUUUAUUACAAUCAUUAUACAAAAGUGAGAAUGAUGGUACUAGAAUUCGAGCACUUGUUGCUUUAUGUAAACUUGGUGCAGCAGGCGGUACAGAUGCUAGUGUAAAAAGUCUUACAGAAGGUUCCAAUCUACUUCUGCUUAAAGCAUGUCGUCGAUUAUUAUUGGGUAAACGACAACCAGAUCCGGAUAUAGAUGAUAUUGCUGCAAAUAAAUCAGCUGAUGUUCACUUUAAUGCUGACGGUGAAAUUGUAGUAGAUGAAAAUGAUGACAACAAUGAGGAAAUGAAAAUUGAAACAAUAUCAAAUGGUCAACCAGUGAAAAAUAGAAAAGAAAACAAACUUGUAAAUCCUUCUACUAAUACUACUAGUAAUAUUCAAUUCAAUGAUUUAGAUUCUGCUCAUUGGGCUGUUGAAGGUAUGGCUUAUAUAACUAUGAAUGCAGAUGUUAAAGAAGAAAUAAUUGAAGAUGGUGAAUUAGUGUCAGCUUUAUUACGUUUUGCUGAACAUUGUCAAAAAGAUUCAUCAUUCGCUUUAUGCAGUGUUUUAGCUCAUUUGACAAAUAGUUUUGAACGUCAACAAAUUGAACCGGAAAUGCUUGAAUUAGCGAAAUUCUCUAAACAACAUAUUCCUGAAGAACAUCCAUAUGAUUCAGAUGAAUAUAUUCAAAAACGUCGUCAGAAACUAAUCAAUACAGGUUUGGCGUCUUCACUAUAUCAUUUGACAAUGCGUGCAGCUACUGCUUUGGUCGGAUCAAAUCAAGGUUUAUCUGAAUUGAUUUCUCGCAUCUAUUUAGCGUGUUCCGAAUUAGUUGAAUGUCGUGGUAAACUUGUACAAGGUGGUGCUACAAAAGCUCUUCUUAAAUUAUCACUGAGUAAUUCCAAUACCGAAACUGGCAAAACAUUGGCUUCUCAAGCUCUUGCUCGUUUAACUAUCACUACAGAUCCACGUGUAACGUUUCCAGGACAGAAGUCUUUGGAAGUAGUUCGCCCAAUACUUCACUUACUUCAUGCAGAUUGUAAUGCAUUACAAAAUUUCGAAGGUCUAUUAGCUCUAACUAAUUUAGCUUCACUGGGAGAUACACAUCGUUAUCGUAUCAUGGCAGAGCAUGGAUUGCCGUUAAUUGAUCAUUGUCUUUUUGAAGAUCAUCCAUUGAUCAGAAGAGCUGCAACCGAAUGUAUAGCUAAUUUUGCACAAUCUCAUGGUUUUGUUGUAUAUUCUGGUGGUACUAUUCCUUUGGAUGAUACAGAUUUAAUUAAGAAAUUAUCAAGUCUUACAUGUUCUACAGAACGUGUAAAAUUGCUUGUUUUAUAUUGUGGUGAAUUAGAUGAUUUACUGUUGGUACGUGCAGCUUCAGGAGCAUUAGCAACUAUGUCUUAUGAUCCAGGAAUUAUAAAAAAGAUUACAGAUGUCUCGUCAUGGUUCGAAACUAUUCAAACACUAGCUGGACACUUUUCAUGCGCUUUACAACAUCGAGCAGCUCAUAUCUUGCAAAACUUUGUUUUACAUGGUGAACGAUCUCUUGGUGAAUAUUUUUGCAAAUCGAACAUGUUUGAGGUUCUGUUAUCCUUGAGCCUAUUGCCAGAUAUUGAUCGAGCGGAUCCUGUGCUACCAGAUAUUAAACUUAUGUAUCCUGGAGUCAGUGAUGGACGUAUUCGAGAACUAGAACAAAAAGACCGUGAAGCCACAAGAGAAUGUGCUAAAAAAGCUUUGGAACGUUUAAAAGAGCAUGGCCUUGUGCAGAAAAUUCGAAACCAAUAA